CGCUCAGUGGCCGCCUUUGGCUUAGUAGCCGGCGAGCGCUGCAGAGGCGACAUCACUAGCAGCAGCGCGAGCCGCGCCGGCGCAUCUUCCUCUUUUUCUUCCCCUCCCCCUUCUUCCCAAUUGGUCCCUCCGCGAGUCCAUUUUCACCCCGAGGGCCGAGCGAGCGAGGAUGGCCGCUUCGAAUGUUCGGGCGUUCGAAUUUCACCGCGGCGGCGGCCGUUAUUCUCCCAACGGCCGAAUCCUAACGGCCCACCGAUAAUAAUAACAAAAUAACAGUAAUAAUGAAAUAACUCUUUUUUAAAUAUAUAGAUAUAUCUCAGGAAAAGCGAGGACGGCGCCGGGAGAGAAAUACAUUUUUUACAAAAACAUUUUUUUACCUCAGCGAAGAAGGGCAGAGCUCUGGGCGGGCGGAAGAUGAUGCUCAACUCGAUGCUGUUCGGCGAGAUGGCGGCGCGCGCUGGCUUCCCGUCCUCGCCGGGGCUGCUCCAGGGCGACGGGGAGGACGGCGGUCCUCCGGUGACGACGGCGUUGCGGAACGACCUGGGCUCCAACAUCCACCUCCUGAAGGGGCUCAACGUGCGCUUCCGCUGCUUCCUGGCCAAAGUGCACGAGCUGGAGCGCCGCAACCGCCUGCUGGAGAAGCAGCUGCAGGCGCAGCAGCUGAGCGAGCGCGAGCGGCGCCUCCACUACAAGCGCUUCCCCAGGCACCAGGCCGUCCAGACCGACCCCACGCCGCCCUCCAUGCCGCCUUACACGCCGGCGGCAGGGGGGCCGCCUCACCCUCCCGCUGCUCACCCUCCGCCGCCCUCCUCGGCCUCUUUCUCCUCGUUCUCGGCGUCGCCCGCCGCGCAGCUGCCGCACUCGCACUCGCACCCGCCGUCGCACUCCUCGCAGCAGCACUGCAGCCGCUUGCCCGGCACUAUCUGGAGCUACACGCAGGUGCGGCGAACGGACGGCGGCGGCCUGGAGACCCUGCAGGGGCCCGGCGUCUCUUGGAUGCACCCGGACGGCGUCGGCGUCCAAAUCGACACCAUCACGCCCGAGAUCCGCGCCCUCUACAACGUCUUGGCCAAAGUCAAGCGCGAGAGGGACGACUACAAGAGGAGAUGGGAGGAGGAACUGGCAAAGCGGAUGAAUCUAGAAUCCAUGGUAGAGACACUGCAAGAGGAAGCUCAAGAAGCCGAGGCUCUCCAGGAAGAGUUAAAUCAGAAGAUUGAGAGGCUAAAAGCUGAACUCGUUGUCUUCAAGGGUCUAAUGAGUGAUCCUAUGACAGACCUGGACACAAAGAUCCAAGAAAAAGCCAUGAAGGUGGACAUGGACAUCUGCCGACGAAUCGAUAUCACAGCCAAGCUGUGCGAUGUAGCACAGCAGCGCAACUCCGAAGACGUUUCCAAGAUAUUCCAGGUGGCUUCCAAGAAGAAAGAGCGGAAACUGGCAUCAGAUGACGACCUCUCUGAGCAGGACCCUGAUAAUGCCCGGUUUUCAGACGAUGAAGUCAGUUCUCUGAACAUCACAGAUGAAAUGAAGAGGAUGUUUAAUCAGCUGCGCGAGACCUUUGAUUUUGAUGAUGACUGUGACAGUUUGACAUGGGAGGAAAAUGAGGACACUCUGCUUCUCUGGGAAGACUUCACCAACUGUAACCCAUCUAUCGAGCUCCAGGGAGAGCAAGAGGAGAACCUGGGCAAUCUGAUCCACGAAACAGAAUCUUUCUUCAAAACGAGAGACAAAGAAUACCAGGAAACCAUAGGACAGAUUGAGCUGGAGCUGGCCACGGCGAAGAGUGACAUGAAUCGCCAUCUCCACGAAUACAUGGAAAUGUGCAGCAUGAAGCGAGGCCUAGAUGUGCAGAUGGAGACCUGCCGGCGACUCAUCAAAGGUUCUGCAGAAAGCAGAAAUUCCCCGUCUCCCAGUUCAUUAGGCAGCAGUGACUCAGGAAACACGGAUGAGAUUCAAGAUGAGUUUGACAGAGAAGCAGACGUCGAGCCAAUGGUCAGCUGAUAAAUAACCAGAACAUUCUGGUGGAAGGAGAGCAGAAAAAAAGGGGGGGGGGAAAUCUAGGAAAAAAGAGUUAAGAAAUACAGAGAGAUCAAAGACUCCAAAGCCCCUGACCUAGGGUUCAACCUGAGGUUAGGGUUACACUUCCCCACCCCAUCCAAGGAUUUGGUGCUGUCAAAAAUUUCUACUCUUCUACAAAUGGGAAAUGUGGACUUCUAUAAGGGAAAAAAAUGGUGUGUUAAUUGUGCCUUUGCCCCAAGCUGAGCCACUUUGAGCUCCACCGGAAUAUCGUAGUGCUUUUUAUAUAAAAAUAAUAAUUAUAAAUAAGCUUCUGGUAGCAGAGGAAUGCAUUGCUGUGAAAGUUUUUGUACUGGACUGAACUGCUGGGCGAAUUUGACCGAGCAGGCCCGUGGUCCUUGAGUAGCAAAUACCACACCAUUAAGAAGUGUUGAGGGCAGGUGCCUGUCUGAGCAGGACUGAAACCUGCCCUCUCCCCCCAGAACCCUUUAGUGGCACCCGCUGCUGGCUCCAUGCAGUUAGAAGGGAUCUUUUGUUGUGACUUCUUGGAAGAAUCCUUUCAGGGACCUGCACAAAGUCUUUCUCUGCCAGGGCCCAGAACUCUUACGAAGCUUGGCGGCAAGACAAGAUGGCAAAAGUCCAACGGGGUGGGAAUAGCACUGUUUUAAUUACUAUGCAAAAAAAAGCAGAGUGUUCGCCUUAUUUCUGUGGAAAGUGGCCCUGCUGGGCUUCCGUAUCACCUGUUGGGAAGAAAGCUGAGCAUCACUUGGCACAUUUCAUCUGUUUGUGGGGCUUGCUCUGGCCAACGAAGCCUCCCAUUGCCAGUUCCAUUCCCGGUGUUCCUUCAGUUCCAAUGGUCUCCCUUCUGCCUUUAUUUACCCUUUUAUAGGUUAUUUAUACUUCAGCCAUCAAAUUAUAUUCUCUCUCUCAAAAAAUGUGCUGUCAAGGAAGGACUGCAUUUUUGUGCUGCUUUCCCAAGUACAGAGUGUGAGAUCUGGCAUGAUAAAUUUGGACACCGUCCUUGGCAUCAGUAUUAAUUAAAUUGUAGCGUGGGCAAGCCUGAGGGGUGGGGGGCAUGAUCUUUCCCAGAACAGCUGGAGAGACUUCUGUGGCCCUUGGCAAGGACCCACGGCUCCAGGUGGCUUGAAGCCUGUCAGGUGCUACACCCGUUUUUCAGAUACACUGAAAAUAAGUAUUAUAUGGUGAGGUUUUUUCUUUUUUAAAAAAAUCAAAAGUAUUGUGUUCUCGAAAGUGAAGCACUAGUGCUUUGCUUCUCUUUUAAAAAAGCAGACAAGGCUCGCCCCUACUUUGCACCUUGGUGGUUUAACCACGAGUAUCAGAGGUUUAUUUGCCAAAGAGUCACCUGGGAUGGUGUCAUGGGACAGUCUUGGUCCAGAUCCCUUGCUGUUAAGUUAACCAGAACAAAAUAAUGGCUCUCUACAGACAAGGUUGUCUUUUGUACUUGCUGGCUUUGGAGGCCCAGUCGACCUACUGGUGAAGCUGCUCUGUGGAGUGCUGGAGGAGUCAAACAUUUCUCUCCCUUGCGAAACGCUGCUUAACGACUUGAAAGUGGUUAAAAUGGUAGUUGGAGAAGAACCCUCUCCCCUCACGUCUGCAGAUCAACCCUUCAAGCGGUUGUUCUGGGCCUCACUCCAGUGAUCCUCCUCUAUCAGCCUGAGAAACCCCGGACUGCUGCUUUGAGUUGCUUGUGGGGAUGGCUGGUGCCUAGGCUGAGGAGCGCAUCUAGGGUUUCUGCACUUGCCUGGAGGGGAGGUGUUGCCCUUCAGAAGGGGAGCUUUAGUAUCCCUGUCCAUGGAAAAAAAGAUGCAAUAUAAAAACAGACACUUUGUAUUUGUCUUUAUUUGCUGCUUGAAACUCAAGUUUGCUGCUUCUGGUUAGGAGCUUUAUAUUUCAUAGCUUAGCAACCCUUUAAAAACUCAUCUAUGUGGAUUUUUGUCAAGCACUUCAUUGCUUUCUCUCCCCCUUUGGAAAAGGAAUCUCAUUCCAAAGUGUGUGUUCUUUGCACCCUUUUUCUAGCCAAAGUUGCAUGCUUUUCUGACUGAAAAUUUAGUGGCGUGGUGAAGAUCAGCUGCCCUAUCCUUUUUAUUAAGGGUUUGGACUCUGCACUUUCAUAAAAAGCAUCUUGGGGCCCCUAAGUCAGUGUUGAAUUUUGGCUGUUUUAAUCCACAGGUUUCUCAAAAUGCUGGGAGACCGCUGCCAGCUCAGACCGGCAGCUCCUGAGUGCAGGUGUAUAUCUGUGAAACUUCAGUUACUCACCUGCCUUGGGAUUGUGGAAUUUUGUUAAAUUGAACAGUUUUAUGUCUGUCCUACUUCGGGUGGUUUUUUCUUGGUGGUGGUAUUUUUAAACUUCAAAAGCAUGGUUCAAUGUGUUUGCUUUUCAUGUUUGGCAUGUUAAAGGUAGAGGGGGGGUUAGGCAUGAGCAGGGUGAUGGUUCUUGUACGGUGGUAUAAGUGGGUAGUGGGAGUUGUAUCACCAGUCGAUUUACAAAGGGCACCAACAGAAUGGUUCAUCUUGUAGUGGCUAAGUGAGUAACUUAAGUAGGUGUUGAAUUUAUUGUAUACGUUAGAGGUAGGUGGGGAUUAUCUGCAUAAGAAUAAUGAAAGAAUGGUAUGGUACUAGUGGUUAAGAUGGUGGUCAGUGUCUUUUUAUAUCAUAUGCAAAAUGUAUUUCAAUUUUUGUCUUCGCCUUUUGAACACGAGGUUUUAUUAUGUCUAAGGGAGCCUAGGAUGAGACGGAGAAUAGGUCAGUCCCUUAAGAGCUGCUGGUAGCAUCCAGAGUAGCUUAUUUUGUACAGCAUUUUAUUCAGGCAGCACUGCUCACUUAGUUGAUGCCGGUUCCAUGGGAUUUGCAUUUAUAUGUCUGUAGCAACCAGAUUUAAAGCUUGUCAGGGGAAAAAAUUGUGAAAAUGCUGGACAUAAAUUUUGAUGACCUCUUUUUUUUCUUCUGUAAAGCUGUAAAUACUUUAUUUUCUCUUCAUGAGGCAGUGUCAUAUUGACACUUUUAAAAAAGAAUUAAAAUUGGGCCAGUGAGGGUGGAUCUUGUUUUCUCACGGGUUUUUAAAGCUAAUUAUUUUUCUCUGCUUGUUAGCAACAUGAAGACGAUCAGUCAAGUUCUUAAAUAAACUGGGCUUGUAAAAAAAUAGGUGAAUUCAGUGAAUAAGCCUUGUGCCCAUUUUGUGGAUGCAUGUUGUUGUUGUUUUUUUAAAAAAAUGUCCCCAGAACCAUAAUCUAGAACUAUUCCCAGUGUUUUAUGACUUCAUCUUGGCUCAGACAGUGAACAAGGAAACAAAGCUGUUUUGGAAAUGGAUGCCAAGGUCAAAAAAACAACUCUAAUGAAAUUCCCAUGGCUUAAACAUGCAUACUUCUAAGGGAAUGCUGUCUUUUUAAAGGUGUUAAGUUCAGACAUCUUAACUGUUUGGCAGCAUUUGGGGGAAGCUGUGUAACAAAUUGCAGUAGCUGAAAAAUGUGAUCACCGACCUUAUUUUUAUUUUUAAAAGAAAAGUGAGACCCCCUGGCCAAGGCUUUUAUCUCCCACUAGAGGGCAAACAUAACAGCACAUUUCCUGUUUCCUCAGUCUCUUCAAAUGCAUUAAUUCCAGAAGCAAAUGCUUCUAGAUUUCCCCAUGCGUCUCAGCUGGGAGCGAAAACUGAUAAAAAUCUGGAGUUCAGUUUGGAAUUACUUGUUGUUGUUGUUUAAAAAAAUGGGUCAAAUGCAGUUUUCUGCAGAACAGAGAGAAUGGGAGAAAUACUAAAAUCAAAGUAUUCCUGUGCUUCAGUUUUGGUUAGCUCGCAUCCUACAUACUUCAGGGUGGAAGGAUAAACAGAAGAAUGCUUUUGUUUGUUUGUCUUGAAGCAGUUUAGCAAAUGGGAAUCUGAAUGACAGGAACCUGUGAGGAGUGCCGCCUUCUUCUUUCACCACUUCAUUUUUGAGUGGCGUGGGCUGGUGAUGCCUGACUGCCGCAAAGAGUGUUAAAAUCCAUGCAAUUUUAAAAGAAUCAACGGUUUUUAGAAAGGUUUUGUUGACUUCCUGCUUUGUCAUCCAUUGCAGCUGUGCUUGGCUUGGACAAAACAGGACAGUUCUGUGCUCAAAUGGUCACAGUAGCAAAAGCAUGUCAGCAGUUGAUUCACCCAGCCAGUACUGUGGAUGGAAGAUUAGUCAUAAAGUGAUGUCUUCCAUCCUUGGUUCUAACAAGGUCUGCAGCAACAGACGUAUAGCUUCCGGAAAGUGCUUGCACCUGCAACAGUGAUUGCGUGGAUUGCCCCCUUAAUUUUAGUGCAUAGAUGUCAAAAACCAGUCCAGGGCCCUGCGCACGCUCCAUGUUCACAGAGGAAGCUCUCUUCCUUGUACAUUCAUUCACUACUUCUGUGAGCAAAAAUGUGUGCAGACGCAUAACACUGUCUUCAGGAAUUAAUGAGAAAGCCAUUCUAGGAUUGGAUCAGUCGUGUGUGUGUCAGCGUGUGUGUGUGUCAGCGUGUGUGUGUGUCAGCGUGUGUGUGUGUGUGUCAGCGUGUGUGUGUGUGUGUCAGCGUGUGUGUGUGUGUCAGCGUGUGUGUGUGUGUGUCAGCGUGUGUGUGUGUGUGUGUCAGCGUGUGUGUGUGUGUCAGCGUGUGUGUGUGUGUGUCAGCGUGUGUGUGUGUGUGUCAGCGUGUGUGUGUGUGUGUCAGCGUGUGUGUGUGUGUGUCAGCGUGUGUGUGUGUGUGUCAGCGUGUGUGUGUGUGUGUCAGCGUGUGUGUGUGUGUGUCAGCGUGUGUGUGUGUGUGUCAGCGUGUGUGUGUGUCAGCGUGUGUGUGUGUCAGCGUGUGUGUGUGUGUGUCAGCGUGUGUGUGUGUCAGCGUGUGUGUGUGUCAGCGUGUGUGUGUGUGUGUGUCAGCGUGUGUGUGUGUGUGUGUGUCAGCGUGUGUGUGUGUGUGUGUGUGUGUCAGCGCCAGAGUUUCCACAGCAGAUCACUGGCAUGAUUGUUGUGUCUUCCUUGUACUAUUAAAGGGUGCAGUUUUCAAAACAUCAUCACGCCCUUGCAGAAUUCUGAGCCCGGCUCUUUCCCUGCCUUUAGAAAUCCUGCUUCCCCAGACAGUCGAUAACAAGAGUGCAAGUUUUCUCUCCAGACCCUGCUUUCCCGAUCAUUUUCAAAGGUGAACGUGAAAGCUCCUGUCUGCCAAGCUCUGCACUCCAUCCCUAGGUUGCUUCAGCUCUUUUGUGGGAGAGGCAGUAAAGGAAGGGCCUUGGUCUGUGUUGGCAGGAGGGCAAAGGAAAAACCAAUUUCUAAGCAGCCUGCUUUAAAAAUGGUGAUCCUCUGCACGCGUGUCUGGUUUGGCAGUCUUGGCUAUCCUCAUUUGUAUAGCCUGUCUGUUCUGAAGCAGUGGAUAUGGAGAAGUUUGAGUUGAUGAAGCAAGAUGAUCCUACUGUUUUCAAACAGGUCUUUCACAUCUCAUAUCCUUCAUAGCACCAACCCUUGGACAGGUUUGUAGGUAGCCUGUCAUAUAUAGAACUUGUUGCAGAGGAAAAGCUGUAUCAAAGUUGAGUCCUUUUUCCUUUUAGGACCCCCAAAUAACUGAUGGGGGGUGUUGCUUGAAGGCAGGCAGUCUACCUAAAAAACUUCUGUGAGCUAGUAACUUGUGAAUGUGUUUUGCAAAGCUGCUCUUAGAAAUCCUUAUGCUGUGUACUUUUAGGCAAAGGUAGGUUCUACAAUGGAGGCCCUGUUGAAGAUGGCAUCGCAGGAAUUGCAUGGUGCAAAAUAGCUGCACUGCAGAACUUUGUGUAAAAAGGUUUUUUUUGUUUUGGUUGUAAUGGAUGGUUGGUGUUAAUUCUAGCAAAAAGAAUGCAAGGCCCCUCUGUCCCAGGGCAAAUUGUGGAUUUGCAUUGUUGCCUGUGUUACAGAUAAAUUUGUGAUUAAAACUUUUGGGCAUAGAUUGUUUUUUGCAAAUAGUAUGACUUCAUUAGAACGAAUGUGUAGUCCUCCAAAUGCUGAUGUCUGUUGGUUUUUCUAAAGGAUUUGGAGGCCAAAAAGGGUGGUGAGUGGGAUCAUCCUUUCCCCCCACAAGCCCUGUUAUGACUGAAAUCGCUUCAGAAUUUCUUCUCUGACCACAAAAAAACUGAUUUCUUAACAGUGGGAUGGGAAAGAAACUUGUUUACUGUAUUGUUGUACAUAUUGUGCUUUAUAUUAUGUAUAUUAGCAUAUUUUAAGGGGGGUAUAUCCAGAUAUAAUGUAUUUGUGCUGUCAUCAGAAGAAAGGUCCCAGGAUGAACCAUUUCUUAAGCUCAAUCCAGAAGCGCCCCCCUUUGCCUCUCCUUCAGAUCAAAGUGGAGAUUUCCCUGCUCCUCACUUGCAGCACAGCCUCACUAGCUUAGUAAUGGACCACAGACAUUUAAGGGUCGCUGUCUGGUUUUUAUUGAUGGUUCAAGAACUUUCACUUUGGAUAGGGCACCCAGAAAUUAUGCACAGCUUUGAGCAUCUGGAUACUUCCGAUGCGUCAAAUCUAUGAGUGCCAAAAAUGCUCCUCUUGACUCGCACAUCCAAUCUGAUGCCCCAAAGCCCUGUCCCCCUUGUUUCCUUUCCUUUUUGAAAAGGGAAUGCACCCACAAUCCUGUCCAUUUCCCCUUCGCUGCCCUGUGCUGUCGGUACUACUUCUAGGAGAGGAGCUUUGGUUCAUCCUUCCACUCUCAAAUUCUUGCAGGCAAAUGUUUUAUUUUUGGUUAUUCUUUUUGUCCUUUUCUUUCCUAUUUCACAUACCAAACGGGCUUCUCUGUGAAUCAGGGAUGUACCUGAAGCUUGUUGGUGGGGAAAACGGGUUAUGGUAAUUCUUUUGUUUAAAAGGAAGAAACCCCUUACAAUAAAUGCCAAACUUCCUGGUUA